GCCUCCAGAUUGCACCGGCCCUAGCAGUUGCAGAGGCACUGCGCGCGCCUUGCUGGACGGGAGGGGGCGGGAGCCGCGGUUGCUUUAAAGGGCGGCUCUCAGGGACAGGGAGUAAGGCGCAGCGGCCGGAGCGGGGUCUCCAGAAGCGGCAGCGCGGCUGGCACGGCGGAGUUGCCUCCACCUACGGCGGGCUACGCGCAUCUUCUCUCAGCUUCGGCCAGGCAAGGAGCUGCUGGGCCUUGCCCGGCGGAGGCACAGGGGCCAUAGGGGGUGCAGAGGGUCCCGCGUCCCCGCGGAGAUGGCGCUGCACGUGCGAUGACGGCGCCCGCGCCCAGAGGGUCCCAGUCCUGCGUCCCGCGUGUCCAGGAGAACAUGGAGCGCCCGGAGCCCGAGCUGAUCCGGCAAAGCUGGCAGGCAGUGAGCCGCAGCCCGCUGGAGCACGGCACCGUCCUGUUCGCCAGGCUGUUUGCCCUGGAGCCCGACCUGCUGCCUCUCUUCCAGUACAAUGGCCGCCAGUUCUCCAGCCCCGAAGACUGCCUCUCCUCCCCCGAGUUUCUGGACCACAUCAGGAAGGUGAUGCUUGUGAUCGACGCUGCAGUGACCAAUGUGGAGGACUUAUCCUCACUGGAGGAGUACCUCGCUGGCUUGGGCAAGAAGCACCGGGCAGUGGGUGUGAAGCUGAGCUCCUUCUCGACGGUGGGCGAGUCCCUGCUCUACAUGCUGGAGAGCUGCCUGGGCCCCUCCUUCACGCCAGCCACACGGGCCGCCUGGAGCCAGCUGUACGGGGCCGUGGUGCAGGCCAUGAGUCGAGGCUGGGACGGCGAGUAAGAGAUGACCCCUGCCCAGCGGCUCCCAGCUGUCUGUGUCUAUCUGUCUGUCUGUGUCCUAUGUAGCCAAGUUCCCCUAGGCCUCCCUGCUUCUUGUCCCCUUGGUCAUUCUGGAGAGGCAGUGGAGCAGGGCCAGGUCUCAGAUUCUCCAUCCUAGAAAUGCACAGGGAACUUCUGGGUGCCCCUUAUCCCCACAGCCUCUUUCCUGCCUGCCUCUGUACCUUGCUGGCAUUCCCAGUGCCCAUGAAGGGAGCCCUUUUGGUAGCAGAGGUGGCAUGGAACUGGAAAGGGAUGCUUUGAGAGCACAGGGCUCUUCUCAGGUGAGCUGGGUGCAGGUGGGGGAAGAUGGCUGCGGGCUCAGGAGCUGAGGACUCCUCAUUCAGGGCUUCCAGUGGAGCUCCCCGAUAUUGCUGUGUAGAACUCCAGCAGUGAAGCUGGAGAGGGGCAACCUCAUCCCAGAGAGACCUGAGUCCCAGGCUUUUCCUCACCUCCCCAGCCCACAGAGCUGAGUCUCACCUCGGCAUCCCCUUCUGCUCUCUGCUUGGGCAGUGGGCCCACAGCUUGUGUCUAUCACCCAUGCAUGCCCUUCCUUGGGCAACGGGCAGGUGAGAAAGCAGCGGGAAAGGCCCUCUGCCCACUCCCUGCACCACAUUUGCUCUGUGUUGUGGUUCUAUAAACUCACAAGGAAUAAACCUGUUCUCUGUGCUGCUCUGA